GCGCACGCCGUGGCCCCGAUGGAGCGGUACAAAGCACAGGGGUGUUGCUGUCUGGUGGUUCAGAGAAGGAUCCUGCAGGUCUCUGCUUCCCUAGAGCAGCUGCUGACCGAGCUGGAUGACUUCCUCAGGAUUCUGGACCAGGAAAACCUGAGUAGCACAGCCAUGGUGAAGAAGAGUGGCCUGGCAGAACUCCUCCGACUUUACACCAAGAGCAGCAGUUCUGAUGAAGAGUACAUUUACAUGAACAAAGUGACAGUCACCAGGCAGCAGAAUGAAGACAAAGUUCCUGAGGAGCAGGGCCUGCUGACCAAUGGGGAGCCCAGUCAGCACACCUCAGCCCCUCAGAAGAGCCUCCCCGACCUCCCGCCACCCAAGACAAUUCAAGAGCGGAAACAGCUCACUGUUCCAAAGAUCGAGUCUCCAGAGGGUUACUAUGAAGAGGCCGAGCCGUACGACACUUCGGUCAAUGAGGAUGGAGAGGCCGUGAGCAGCUCAUAUGAGUCCUACGAUGAAGAGGAAAGCAGCAAGGGCAAGUCGGCCCCCUACCAGUGGCCCUCAUCGGAGGCCAGCAUUGAGCUGAUGCGUGACGCCCGCAUCUGUGCCUUCCUGUGGCGCAAGAAGUGGCUGGGCCAGUGGGCCAAGCAGCUCUGUGUGAUCAGGGACACCAGACUCCUGUGUUAUAAAUCCUCUAAGGACCACAGCCCUCAGCUUGAUGUGAACUUGCUGGGCAGCAGUGUCAUUCACAAGGAGAAGCAAGUGCGGAAGAAGGAACACAAGUUGAAGAUCAUGCCGAUGAACGCCGACGUGAUCGUGCUGGGCCUGCAGAGCAAGGACCAAGCCGAGCAGUGGCUCCGGGUCAUCCAGGAGGUGAGUGGCCUGCCUUCUGAAGGACCGACAGAGGGAAAUCAGUAUACCCCAGAUUCCCAGCGCCUGAACUGCCAGAAACCGGAUAUAGCUGAGAAGUACGUGUCAGCUGCAGAGUAUGGGAGCACCCCUGAUGGUCACCCUGAGGUCCCAGAGACCAAAGACGUCAAGAAGAAAUGUUCUCCUGGCCUCAGACUGAGCAACCUAAUGAACCUGGGCAGGAAGAAAUCCACCUCAUUGGAGCCUCCAGAGAGGUCCCUUGAGACAUCAAGUUACUUGAAUGUGCUGGUCAACAGUCAGUGGAAGUCACGCUGGUGCUCUGUCAGGGACAAUCACCUGCACUUCUAUCAGGACCGAAACCGGAACAAGGUGGCCCAGCAGCCCCUCAGCCUGGUGGGCUGUGAGGUGGUCCCAGACCCACACCCUGACCACCUUUACUCCUUCCGCAUCCUUCACAAUGGCGAGGAGCUGGCCAAACUCGAGGCCAAGUCUUCUGAGGAGAUGGGUCACUGGCUUGGCCUCCUGCUCUCUGAGUCGGGCUCUAAAACAGAUCCAGAAGAGUUUACCUAUGAUUAUGUGGAUGCUGAGAGGGUUUCCUGUAUUGUCAGUGCAGCCAAAAACUCUCUCUUACUGAUGCAGAGAAAGUUCUCAGAGCCCAACACAUACAUCGAUGGUCUUCCUAGCCGGGACCGCCCGGAAGAACUGUACGAUGACGUGGAGAUGUCAGAGCUGACGGCAGCAGUGGACCCUGCCAAAGAAGCUACCCCUGCCUUAGACACCCCAAGUGAGAGUGAGCUUGACCGAGUAUACCUGGACCUCACACCAGUCAAGUCCUUCCUAUACAGCCCCAGUGGUGGGCAGGCCCAGGCCUCCUCCUCCUCCACGUCACUGCAUCUGGAUCAUCCAACUGAGGCCCUCCCUGCAGACCCAGAUCUAGAACCCACCCUAGAUGAGCCCUGCGUGAAGUCUCCAGGGGACCCAGAGGAGCAGAAGCAGCUGGAGAGUCAGGAGCCUGAGGAGCCAGCCCUGAAAAUCACCACAGUCAAAGUGCAAGCUGAACAGCAAAGAAUCUCCUUCCCAGCAAACUGCCCUGACAUCAUUGCUGCAGCCCCAGCCAGUGCCAGUGCCAGUGCCAGCCCACCUGGGAAGGACAGGCUGCGGGUGACCAGUGCAGAGAUCAAACUUGGUAAGAAUCGGACAGAGGCUGAAGUAAAGCGGUAUACGGAGGAGAAAGAAAGGCUGGAGAAGAAGAAGGAAGAGAUCCGAGGGCACCUGGCUCAGCUCCGGAAAGAGAAACGGGAACUCAAAGAGACCCUGUUAAAAUGUACAGACAAGGGAGUCCUGGCCAGCCUGGAGCAGAAACUGAAAGACAUUGAAGAGGAGUGCCGGAUCGAGGAGAGCAAGCGUGUGGACCUCGAGCUCAACAUCAUGGAGGUGAAAGACAACCUGAAGAAGGCUGAAGCUGGGCCUGUAACACUGGGCACCACAGUGGACACCACCCACCUGGAUAACAUCACCCCCCGUCCCAAAGCUGGCACCCCCACCCCUGCCCCAGACUGCACCCCAGUCAACUCUGCUUCUGUGCUCAAGAACAGGCCUCUUUCAGUCAUGGUCACAGGCAAAGGCACUGUCCUCCAAAAAGCCAAGGAAUGGGAGAAGAAAGGAGCAAGUUAGGAAACAACCACCGUCUAAAAACUCUUGUGUCAAUGUGGACCUUGGUGACAAUCCUGCUUUGGUACAACAGCAACUCUGAGAAAGGGUGAGUCUGUUGAGAAGAAAAAGCAAGGACUGGUGUACUAUGAAUGGAGAACUUUGGCUAAGAGAGGAGGGAAUACAACAGCAACAACAGUAAUAACCACAAAGACUUCUUUGAAGACCUGAGACAUUGUAUUUAGGGAUGGGCUAUGUUUCUUUUUUGAAGUUUUCAUCCAUUGCUUUAUCGUGAUUUCUGAGUAGUGAAAAGCUUCUGAUGUUUAGACUUUGGUGGAAGAGAAAUCAUGGUAUCAGAGCCACAUGGCUUUGGUGACUAAGAAGGCCGAAAUGCCUCACCAUCAUCUUAAUGCAAUAUGCAGUGCUGGGGGUUAAACUGUCCUUGCCUUCAAAUCUGUUCUCGCCAAUAUUAGUGGGUCCAACUCAUUCUUUGGUGAUUUUAAACAGCAUUGACAGUACCUAUGUAAAAUCCCCCUCUGGUAUGGACUUUGAAAAACAGCAUGAGGGGAAAUAUUUGGGGCCAAGCUGAGACACUGACCCCACUAAGGACUUUUUUCCAGUCUAAGGCAGGCCUGAAUUAACUGUCUUUAAAUAAAAUUGUGAUGCUGUAUUAUAUAGAAAAAAAUGUUUAAAAUCCUGUUGCU